AGCCCCUCACCUCUCCUGGAUGCCACCAUGAGGCCAGUGUCCCUGGUGCUGUUCCUCACCUUCACUCUGCUGUCUUUCAAUGCUGGCCUCAUCCUACCAGGAGUAGCAGAGGAGCAGAAAGUGUGGGCCAGAGCAGGGAGUUCAGCCAUGCUGCCUUGCCACCUGAGCCCCAGAAAGAUGGGGAAGAGCUGGAAGCAUCAGCCUGACAAGACAUCUGUGCUGUGGAAGCGGCAUGGGGGAAGUGCCCACCAGGAGCCACACAUGGUGCUGGAGGUGGGGUACUCGGGCCUCCGGAAGACAGCGCUGCCCAUGAGGGCCCGAGUGUCAGUCCAGGACUCUGCCUUACGCCAAGGCAAUUUCUCCCUGCAAAUCGACCCGGUCUGGAGCGAGGAUGCCGGGCUGUAUGAGGCACAGGUGACAUACAACAUGGAGGUCCAGAUCUGCCAGGUCGAGCUGGGGGUAAUUACAGUAACCCUCAGUCCACCCAGCCCUGCAGUAGAAAAUGAGCCGCUCUUGUUGAGCUGCAACUCUAGCCACCGGGCCAGACUCGUGGAGACUCGCUGGUUCCACAACGGGCGCUCAGUCCCCACCUCUGGGUCCUUCUGUUCCUCGCAUGGGGCUCUCUCUAUCCUCCAUACUGCCAUGAGUGAUGCUGGCUCCUGGCGCUGCCAGCUCAUAUACUCUGAUAAUGAGAUCAUUUCUGCCACAUACAACCUGCAAAUUCUAGGUUUUGAUGGCCCAACCAACCCUGUGGUCUAUGCUGCAGCUGGCUCUGCAGCUGAUCUACUGUGCACCCUGAGCUACCUUCCCAGUGCCCUUGGGAUCAAUGUGGUGACAGCCCACUGGAGCCGCCCCGCAGGAGGACACUUGCAAGACAGGGGCAUCUCCCAGAAUUCGAGUAGCAGAAGCUUCCACCUUCGUCUCCCUGUGGUGGGGACAGAUGAUGCAGGGCAGUACCGCUGUACUGUCUCUGUUGGCAGCAAGACAAUCAGCAGGGACGUGACCUUGGCAGUGGUUACAGUGACUCCAAGCAUCCAAGGACCAGUUUCUGAGGGAUCUCGCUUGCUGCUCAUCUGCAGCCUCACACAUCCCCGGGGACAUGAACAUUUCCAGUGGAAGCACCUCAACUCAUCCCCUACUAACAGCAAGCUGGCUGUGGCUGCCUCCCAUAACAUGGAGGGCCAGAGACCCCACAUGGGCCCUACUUUGGAAAUUCCCCAUGUGUCACAAAAGGAUACGGGCACAUGGGAGUGCAGUGUACAUGGCCCAGAAGGCAGACUGGGAGCAGUGGAGUAUGGGCUGCAGAUCACAGGUGCACAGAUUUCCAGCCCGCCCAUCAUCUUCAGUGGACAGGCGACUUUUGGGCUCACACUCACCCUUUUCCUCCUGCUUACGGUCUGUGUUCUGGCUCUGGCCCUAAAAAAAAGGGCACAGCCUCCUGCCUUCCCAGCGCUGGCAGAGAUGGUUGCAGUCACUGUGGCGAAGAAGGAGUUGGAGAAAAACUCAAAAGAGAAGAUCCAGCAAACUGAGUGCUGA